AUAAGGCGAGGCUGGCUCGUGGCGUCAGCUGCUGGCGCGUGCGCCUUGGUGGUGUCUUUCCGGGAGCUGCUGGCGCAGCCCUAAUUCUUAGCCUUCCCCUGCGAGGGUCUCGGCGUUGACACCGCUCGCCGGACAGCGGGGAGCAUGCCCGGCCGCGCCGCGCGCCAGGAGGCAGCAGCGGGGAGCGCAGGGGUGGCCGCCUCCGCGCAGCAGGAGCGGAGCCUGGCGGGAGCCUUCCCGCUAGUGCUGAAGAAGCUGAUGGAGAAUCCUCCGCGGGACGCGCGCCUCGAUAAAGAAAAGGAGAAGGAAAAACUUGAGGAGGAUGAAGCAGCAGCUGCCAGCACUAUGGCAGUCUCUGCCUCCCUCAUGCCUCCCAUUUGGGACAAAACCAUCCCUUAUGAUGGGGAAUCUUUCCACCUGGAGUACAUGGAUCUGGAUGAGUUCCUCCUGGAGAACGGAAUCCCUUCUAGCCCUGCUCACCUAGGCUUGAACCAGAACCCGCUCCUGCCUGUGGCUGAGCUGGAAGGAAAAGAGCCUGCCAGUGCGGCUGCUGCCUCCCCUCCCUCAUCAUCUUCCACUGUAGUUUUCCAACCAUCUGAAGCUGCCUCCGGCACAGAAUCCUCCCCAGAGAGUGAGAGAGAGACUCCGAGCCCUGUUGAUCCAGACUGCAUUGAGAUUGAUGUGAACUUUAAUCCCGACCCUGCUGACUUAGUGCUCUCCAGCGUGCCCGGUGGUGAGCUUUUCAAUCCUCGCAAGCACAAGUUUGCUGAAGAGGACCUGAAACCACAGCCCAUGAUUAAAAAGGCCAAGAAGGUUUUUGUCCCAGAUGAGCAAAAGGAUGAAAAAUAUUGGACAAGGCGAAAGAAGAACAACGUGGCAGCAAAGCGUUCCCGCGAUGCUCGGCGACUGAAAGAGAAUCAGAUCACAAUCCGAGCAGCCUUCUUGGAGAAGGAGAACACUGCCCUCAGGACAGAGGUGGCAGAGCUGCGCAAGGAAGUGGGGAAAUGCAAGAACAUUGUCUCUAAAUAUGAGACCAGAUACGGACCCUUUGACUUAUCUGAUUCCGAGUGAUGCAACUUUAAAGACUUCUAAAAACAAAGAAACUAAAAAGCACACAUGAAACCAUCUGUCUUCAGAGUGAGCAGUGAGAUGUGUGAGAGGUAUCCAACACAAACAACUGACGGGGGACACUGCCUGCAAGUACCCCAUCUGAACUGCCCGGGGGCUGGCAUGAGGAAAAGUGCAAGGUCUUCUUAAUGCUGUGUAUGGCUUUCUUAUCUCUUUUUUUUGUACUAAUGUUUGUCUUCUCUCUGUAAUCAAACUACAGUAAUGUUACUUACUGACACUUGUCAAUUACACUCACAGCUCAUGUCUUUCAGUCCAAUCUGUUGAUGACUUGUGUGAAUGGUGACUCUGUUUUGAUACUUGAAUGAAAUGGGAGAAAGGGGGAUUCUAACUUAAAAUGGCUUAAAGGAUAUUGUCACCGAUUUUUGGGGUGAGGGGGCAGUGGAAUAGGUUUUAGCUACUGUUGCAGCUGGAUUCUGACAAGCGUAGCAUCUUGAGGUACUGCUCGGGGUGCUGAACUAGAGGCAUCCAGGGAAAAUAGUCUAGGUGUGCAAGAAAAUGUAACAGAUUUGUUGAAGUAAACUAAAAAGCACCAUCGAGUGUGCUGUACAAAGGGUAACAAAUAAAUCCUGUUAUAUACCCCAGAUGACAAACACAGCUCCUUAACUACUUCCUCCCCUGAUAUGUACAUUGUGGGGAGCCCACCCCCGUCACCUUUUACUUUUAAGGGGCUCUUUGUAUCCCAGUAAAACAAAUUACAUCCAUUUUCCUGUCUGCUGCACCAAAAUAGGGGAGAGGUGUGUACCUCUGAGCUGCUGAGCCCUGUAUUUUGCUGCAAGCCAGACCAGUCAAUCUAUAUUGAAGCCCCAGGGGAACAGUGGCUAGCAGCUACUAUGCUCUGCAUCCUUCUCUUUUUUUCCUACUGCACUCUAAUUCCCCAAGCACCUCGGAGAGUACGGCGUACAUCUGUCUCAUGGACCCCAAAUAUCCAGCAAUGCCAUUGUCCUAAUGGAACAGCUUUAAAAACAAAGACCCUGGGCAUGUAUGGAGGUAGAUGAGGCACUUAGAGAGCAUUGCAGGGAUGUUGGCCCUGUGUAGAAAAGGGAGGCUGUCCAUGGAAGGAAAGGUGCCAUCAAUACUGCAAAAGAAUCCUAACCAGACAUCAUAACCAAAUCUAUAGGUGAAAGAACAAAUGGAAUGGCUUAUUUCCAGUAAAAUAUUGUAGGGCUGCACUUGUAUCCAAGGUUCUGUCAAUAACAUAGAAAUGAAGAGAAGAAGUUUUUUCUAUGUGUCUAUAUGACAAACUCUCUGCCAGGUGGCUGAUCAAUAGCAGACACCUGGUUGAUAAAGUGCUCUUGAAAGCCUGCAAAAGGAAAAGGGCCUAAAUGGGAGGCUCAGAAUCCAUUACAACGGAAACUUAUGAAGUAUGGUUUAAUACUGUACAAAUACUGUGUCUUCAUCUUCCCCAGAGGGAUCCUGCCCUCAGAACUUCUUAGUAGGAAGGAGAAGAGGAAAGGGUGCAAUGGGGAGAAGCAGACUGCUGCAAACUUUCUUUAAACAAAGUUGUAACCAAUUCAUUUUUCAGUGUAGCCUGGCAACGAUGAACGGGCUUUAUCCAUCAAGUGCACUGCUUGAUCUAGUCUUGCAAGUGGACCAUGUUUUCAGUGUUAAAGAACAUGCUUUAACUUUUUUUCCUAACCAGUAAGAAAUGUUAUUAAUAUGUAUAUAAUAAGAUUCCAGGAUUGUCACUCUGAAGCCUAUUAUGUCUGUAGAGUCAAUGUGAAGCGAUGGAAACAGCUACACAGGUAGUUGAGAGCUCUUUUUGUUCUGAAUAUCACCAGGUGCAGUCAUUGCUGUGACUUGUGAUCUGUUACUGUCAUAAGUUCACAGCCAUUUUUGGCUUUUUUGCACACACACAACUUUACAAAUUACAUUCAUGGAACAACAAAACUAGUACUUUUAUAAGUUGGAACUCUUAAGAUUCGCUAGGAUAGUACAUGAAAGUUUCCAAAUAUCUGCAAAUGGGUUACUAUUCCAGCAUCAAAUUCCUAAAAUGUCAAGGAUAUAUUACCACCUGUAUAAAGUGCUGCAGGCUUACACCUUGUACUGCAGAUCUGAACAACCCUUUUUUUUGGUGGAUUCUUUUUUUAGUUUAAGGGCCUUGAUUUUAAAGAUGUUGAAUGCAUGUAAAUGUAUUAACAUCUUCUAGCAUAUAUUUCCAAUUACUUAGUUCUGAAUUAUUGUUUUUCACAACCAUGUUAACCAUUUGAGGAGAGGUGCUACUAACUGUGCCAGGUACAUCUUAAGGUAGCAGGUGCCGAGGAGGUCCAGCAGCUCCUGGGUUUAGGAAUAUUGUAAAAGUACAAUUGUGGCAAAAAUAUUUUGUGUAGUCAGCAGGAGAUCAGUGCUGCUGUGGAACUUCAGAUCUGCAGAGCUCCUAACCUUUACAGAACUGAAGCUCCUGGUUAUCAAAAGUCCUGAUUUUACAAAAUGUUUAGUUAUCUCAGAGCUUUGUAAAACAGGGUGUGUCUGUAUUGUUUUCUCCUGGCUGUGGUGGGUGAGCCCAAGACAAAGGGCAGAUGCAGAGGUGAUCUGACCCAUUAACUUCAUAUUGUACAGUAACCUAGAUCUAAAUAUUUACUGAGGAAAGAACAUUUAUUUUAGUAUCUUUU